AGCCCAAGUGGUAAAAAGUUCCGAAGCAAGCCCCAGCUGGCACGCUACCUGGGCAGCUCGAUGGACCUGAGCACCUUUGACUUCCGCACAGGAAAAAUGUUGAUGAAUAAAAUGAACAAGAACAGACAGAGGAUGCGCUAUGACUGUUCCAACCAAGCCAAAGGCAAGCCUGAUUUGAACACGGCACUGCCUGUCAGACAGACAGCCUCCAUAUUCAAACAACCUGUCACAAAGAUCACAAACCAUCCCAGCAAUAAGGUGAAGAGUGAUCCUCAGAAAGCUGUGGACCAGCCCCGGCAGCUCUUCUGGGAGAAGAAAUUAAGUGGACUGAAUGCUUUUGACAUUGCAGAGGAGCUGGUGAAAACAAUGGACCUUCCAAAAGGUUUACAAGGGGUUGGACCUGGCUGCACUGAUGAAACCCUUCUCUCCGCUAUAGCUAGCGCUCUGCACACGAGCACUAUGCCUAUCACCGGGCAGCUCUCCGCGGCCGUAGAGAAGAAUCCCGGAGUUUGGCUGAACACCUCACAGCCACUUUGCAAAGCAUUUAUGGUGACAGAUGAAGAUAUUAGGAAGCAAGAGGAACUGGUGCAGCAAGUGCGGAAGAGGCUGGAAGAAGCCCUGAUGGCCGACAUGCUUGCCCACGUGGAGGAGAUAGCAAGGGAUGGGGAAGCUCCUUCAGAGAAAGAAGGAGGCGAGGAAGAAGGAGAAGAGGAAGAGGAGGAGGAGGAGCAGGACCAUGACCAGGAGAUGGAGAAUGUAUAG